GGCGCUUUCCUGGAGCAAAUUUACAUGGCGUACAUAGGCAGCGGCGGGACUGAAGUGGACGUAAAGAGAUGAGAUAACCUCGACUUUAUUCACUGAGAUUUUUUUUUUGCAUCUUAUUGCAUGGAUGAGCAAGGUUUAAAAAUAUCGUAGUCCAUCAUAAACGUCUAAAGGCUGUCUUAAGAUGUACAUUAAACAGGUAACGAUACAAGGGUUUCGAUCCUACAGGGAUCAGACUAUUGUGGAUCCCUUCAGUCCCAAGCAUAAUGUUGUUGUUGGAAGAAAUGGAUCUGGAAAAAGCAACUUUUUCUAUGCCAUCCAGUUUGUUCUCAGCGAUGAGUUCAACAAUCUACGUCCUGAGCAGCGUCAGGGUUUGCUGCAUGAAGGUACUGGUCCAAGGGUCAUUUCUGCCUUUGUCGAGAUCAUCUUUGAGAACAGUGACAACAGGAUCCCUAUUGAAAAAGAAGAGGUGACCUUGCGUCGUGUCAUCGGAUCUAAGAAAGAUCAGUAUUUCUUGGACAAGAAAAUGGUCACAAAAACUGAUGUAAUGAAUUUGCUGGAGAGUGCAGGAUUUUCCAGGAGUAAUCCUUAUUACGUGGUCAAACAAGGAAAGAUUAACCAGAUGGCUACGGCCCCAGAUUCUCAGCGUCUCAAACUAUUGAGAGAAGUGGCUGGUACCAGAGUCUAUGAUGAAAGAAAGGCAGAGAGUCAGACAAUUCUCAAAGAAACAGAGGGUAAAAGAGAAAAGAUCCAAGAUUUGUUGAAGUACAUUGAGGAAAGACUACAGACACUGGAGGAAGAGAAGGAAGAACUCAAGCAGUAUCAAAAAUGGGAUAAGAUGAGGAGAUCCCUUGAGUAUACUAUUCACAACCAGGAACUCAUGGACACAAGGAAGAAACUAGAAGAUCUUGCCAAUAAACGUGAGAAUAGUGGAGAGAUGACUAAACACAUCAGAGAUGCUCAGGAGGAAGCUUCUAAAAGGAUCAAGACAAUCAACAAGGAACUUCGGGAGUUGAAAGGUCGGUUGAGGACAGCCAAUGAAGAGAGAGAUCACUUGACAAAUGAGAGACAAGAUCUUUUCAAGCGCCGUGCCAAGCUGGAAUUGGCCGUCAAAGAUUUGCAGGAAGAGGUCAAGGGUGAUGUGGAUGCAAAGGGUCGUAUUGAGAUCCAGCUUGAAAAGUUAGACACUGAGAUAGGUAGUAAACAAGGCGAGCUUGAAGCCAUAAUGCCACGAUACGAAGAUCUUCAACGUAAGGAAGAGCAGUGUACAGCCAGAUUACAGCAAUGUGAGCAGCGCCGUACAGAGCUCUUUGCCAAACAAGGUCGAGGAAACCAGUUUACCACAAGAGAAGAUAGGGAUAAAUGGAUACGCAAGGAACUGAAAUCUCUCAACAAGUCCAUCAAAGACAAAGAAGAACAGAUCUCCAGGCUGCAUGACGACAUCGCCUCUGACAUCCGUAAAAAUGAAGAUCUUGAGGGAAGAAUGGCCAAACUGAACAUUGAUAUUGAGCAGAUGAAGGACACUGUUGAAGGUUCCAACAGGAGUCACUAUGAUCUCAAGAAACGAAAAGAUGACCUACAAAAUGAGCGCAAUGCUCUAUGGAGACAGGAGAACAGUAUUCAGCAAGAGAUCGCCACAACUCGGGAAGAACUACACAAGAAAGAACAGACCCUUCGAUCCAUGAUUGGAAAGGCUGUACUGCGUGGUAUUGACAGUAUCAAGCGAGUCCUGGAUAACUUCCGUGAGAAGAACAUCCAUCGAGAUGUCCAGGAAGGCUACCACGGAGUCCUGAUUGAAAACUUCUCCUGCGCGUCACGCUUUAACACCUGUGUGGAGGUCACUGCUGGCAGCAGAUUGUUCUACCACAUUGUGGAUACGGAUAUGAUCAGUACAAAGAUUCUAUCUGAGAUGAACAAACAGAAGAUGCCCGGUGAAGUGACCUUCAUGCCUCUGAACCGCCUAGAGGUCCGAGAUACUGUCUACCCAGAAUCACCAGAUGCUCUUCCAAUGGUAUCCAACCUGGAGUAUGAUGAUACGCUUGCUAAUGUCUACAAGCAUGUCUUUGGAAAGACCCUGAUCUGUCGUAACAUUGAGGUGGCUACCAGCUUUUCUCGAACCCAGAACCUUGAUUGUGUUACCCUAGAAGGUGAUCAAGUUAGUCGCAAGGGAGCCAUCACAGGAGGCUAUUAUGACACGCGCAAGUCUCGAUUGGAGCUUCAGAGUGGCAUCGUGGAGCUGAGAACCCGGCUGAGUAACCAGGAGCAGGAGUACAAGGAGCUGAGAGACAAGCUGCAGAAGGUGGAGGUGGACAUUACCAGUCUCAUGAGUGACAUGCAGAAGAUAGAGACCAAGAAUAGAAAGAACAAGGACAUCUACGACAAGAUGCGAAGUGACAUGAGAAUCAUGAAGGAAGAGAGUCAGGUCAUCCAGAAAUCGAUGGCACCCAAGGAAAGACGUCAGCAGAGUCUGAAUACCAACCUAGAGGCCAUGCGUAGUACGGCAUCGUCACUGGAAGAGGAAAUUGGUACUGAUUUACUUUCCCAGCUGAGCAUGGGUGACCAGAGAGAGGUUGACAGUUUAAAUGAUGAGAUUAAAGAUUUGAAUCAGCAGAACAAGAAAGCCCUUGCUGAACGAGUCAAGCUUGAAGGACAGAAGAAUAAGAUUGAGAACUACCUCUCUGGGAACCUGAAUAGGAAACGAGAACAGCUCAUGCAGGAGUUACAAGAAAUCUCAGUUGAAGAUCGCCGUCAGAAGCUUGAGAAUAAUACAAUGGAGAUGCAGACUGCCGAUACGGCCAUUGAUACCAAUAAGGCAAGACUAGAAGACAUCGAUGCUCAGCUGGAAGGAUUGAAUCGGGAACAGAGCAGUAAACAAGGUGACUUAGAAGAAUGGAAAAGCAAGGAAAGAGAAUUUGGUGAUAAAAUCCAAGAUGAUGCCAAGAUGCUUGAGAAGAUGACCAAUAAACAGAGUUUGCUCCUCAAAAAGAAAGAAGAAUGUAUGCGUAAGAUCCGAGAGCUGGGAUCCCUGCCCAGCGAUGCCUUUGAGAAGUACACCCACCUCUCCCUCAAGGCUCUCUUCAGGAAGCUUGAACAGUGUAACCAAGAGCUCAAGAAAUACAGCCACGUCAACAAGAAGGCCCUCGACCAGUUUGUCAACUUCUCAGAUCAGAAGGAGAAGCUCAUCAAACGCAAGGAUGAGUUGGACAGUGGUCAUGCUGCGAUCACUGAUCUGAUGAAUGUCCUUGAACUGCGUAAAUAUGAAGCCAUCCAGCUGACCUUCAAACAGGUGUCCAAGUACUUCAGUGAGGUCUUUGAGAAGUUGGUACCUGGAGGAAAAGCCACACUGGUCAUGAAGAAAGGAGACUAUGAAACAUCUCAAGAGCUUGAGAGUGAAGGACCAUCUGGAUCAAGUGGACUUCCAUUAGUAGAACAGUUUACAGGCGUUGGCAUCAAGGUGUCAUUUUCUGGUAAGGCUGGUGAAACUCGUGAGAUGCAGCAACUGUCAGGUGGUCAGAAGUCCCUUGUUGCCCUUACUCUGAUCUUUGCCAUCCAGAAAUGUGAUCCCGCUCCCUUCUACCUCUUUGAUGAGAUUGACUCGGCUCUAGAUGCCAUGCAUAGGAAAGCAGUGGCUGAUAUGAUCCAUGAGCUUGCAGCUAAUGCUCAAUUCAUCACAACGACCUUCAGGCCAGAGUUACUGGAAUCGGCGGACAAGUUCUAUGGUGUCAAGUUCAGGAAUAAGGUUAGCCACAUUGACGUGAUCAGCAAGGACCAAGCGCAGGAUUUCCUUGAAGACGAUGUCGCCCACACCUAAUCACUCCAGACUCGCUUUACAAAACUCAUAGUCUAUUCCUUGUAGUUUAUUUCUUUGUAUCAUUCAGCUCAAACUGUAAAUAUGAAACCUCACUUUUUUCUUCUAGUCAUCCCAGUACCAUCAUUGUAAGUAAACUUUUGCUGAUAGUUUACGAAAACAGACAACUGUUAAAGAUCAGUCAUUUUGAAGAAACAUUCCAAAUAUAGCAUGUGUGACGCACUGAAAGCUCUCUGAAAAUACGGAAUCCUGUCAAUCAAGAAUGUCAUCUUGACAAACUUAAUGUUUAAAAUUUCAUGAAAAACGCAAUUGCUCGAAACAAAGGGUGGAAAAUGUGGAGAAAAGACAAAGGAAAGUCUAAUAUUGAUUGUUUGUGGUAAACUAGUAGUAGCUAACACAUGUCCAUAUUUGACAGUGGUGUGAAGUAGCUUCCUGUAUGGGACAACUCUAAAAGAAAAGACAAUGAGCCUGAUCAAUCAACUGAAGACAAGUUACAUGCGAUUUGCCAUAUAAAGUACAACUGUGCUUGGACAAUCGCGGAAGUGGUUAAUGAUAUACCAUUUGGAAAGUCCUAGAAAGGCUAAGAGAAGUGGAUAAAGGUAGAAGUGAAAUGGAGAGGCGAGACAUUCUCCUGAGGACGACAAGAACACACUUGUCGACACGUCGAGAUUGGGUGGUCCUUUUCAGGACCAACACUUGCCCAAGAAAGAUACAUGAUGUACCAUGAAACCUACUACACUAUUUUCUUCGCCAUGGAAACCUUCAGAAGUUAUAUCAGAGACAAUAAAGAAAGGAGAGAAGAUACUCUACUUUGUAACCUCCACUUUCUCUCCUCUCCAUUCCACUUCUAAGUCUAUCCAAUUUUCUUAGUCCUUCCUAAGGCUCAAAAUGCAGCAUACCUUAAACCACUUCUGCGAUCGUUCAUGUCACCAUGCAAACCUUCAGACAUAACUUGGCUUGGAUUAUUCUAUUACUUUUUUUUGUAGGAAAAGGUUAUUUGUACACCAAGAAGUGUUUUUUUUUUUUUUUUUUUUUUUUUUACUUCUAUUUAGUAUGUGUAGAUUCAUGAUGGUCUCUGUAAAUAUAAAUCAGUGUUGGUAGAUUUGAUGGCCCAUGGUUUGAUAUAUUGAAGUAGGUGUCAUUGUGCCUGAAGCAUUUUUACAGGUAAAGGAAAGGAAUUUGGGAAGUUAAUGUCAAAAACAAUGAUUAAUCUAUGUACAAAGUAGAAAACAAUGUGAUAGGACUUAUAGGACUUUGUUUAUCAUUUGAUUAUUCAUACUAAACUGUUGAGUAUGAUUAUGUUAAAAAGAAUACUGCUCAAUCUUAUACUAUGUUAGUAUACCAUGUUUUAGGUAGUGAAACAUUAAUUAAUUAUUUGAUUAAUUAACGAUUGUAAGCCCACCCCCCC